AGUAACACUAUAAAUAGAACUUGAAUGUAUGUUUUCUUUCCAAAGAUAACACUGUAGGGUUUCUAGGGUUCUUGUUUUAUACAUUUUGCAGGUGCCUAUUGAAUAAGAGUGUAUUACAGUUUAGUUAGGACCGGAAUUAGGGUCAGAUCGGAGUUAGAGUAAAGAUUCUCUGUGCUGUACAUUGAACUACCUUCAUCUGCUGCUGGGCGUCUGUUCGUCACAUUUAUCUUUUUCCGUGUUGACUUUUAAAACAAAAAACUAAACGCAAGUAACACUAUCUUCACAUCCAUACACACAAAUAAUAAUAGAAACCAAAACCGUCAUUGUACUUGUGCACAAAGAAUCCAGCAUAGCUGGUAUUCCUUGGCAGGGCCUGUGAACUAAGUGUCCUAUCCGAUAGCUCGGUUUGCACGCCUUCUUUUCUUCUUUCGGUGUCUGCUUCAGAUGCACAUUAACACCUGAUCAGUGCUUCAGAGAUUCUGAGAGACAAACCGAGAAACAGCGAGAGGAUUAUGGCUUCCAUGGGACUGCAGAUGGCCGGCUGUGCUUUGGCCCUUCUGGGCUGGAUCGGGGUGAUCAUUGUCUGCGGCGCACCCAUGUGGCGGGUCUCUGCAUUCAUAGGCAACAACAUAGUCACGUCGCAGGUCAUAUGGGAGGGCAUUUGGAUGAACUGCGUGGUCCAGAGCACGGGCCAGAUGCAGUGCAAGGUGUACGACUCACUGUUGGCACUGGGCACGGACCUCCAGGGGGCCCGAGCCUUGAUUGUGGUUUCCAUCAUCACGGGGAUUGCAGGACUGCUCAUAGCGUUUGCUGGAGGCAAGUGCACCAACUUUGUCCAAGAGGACAGGGCCAAAGCGAGAGCCUCAGUGGCUGCCGGCGUGGUGCUGAUCAUCAGCGGGUUCCUCUGCCUCAUCCCUGUUUCCUGGACCGCCACCAUGAUCAUCAGGGACUUCUACAGCCCUUUGCUAGUGGAUUCACAGAAGAGGGAGCUGGGGGCGUCUCUGUACAUCGGCUGGGGAGCAUGGGGGCUGCUGCUCCUGGGGGGUGGGCUUCUGUGUGCCAACUGUCCACCCAAAGAAGAUAGAGCUCCUUCAGUGAAAUACCUCCUGAACAAGUCCAGCAGCAAAGAGCUCUCCUUUCGAUCCUCCUCACCAACCAAGACAUAUAUUUGAUGCUGGUUCAGACUGUCGUUGUCAGGGUCUGUGUGAGCCUUCAGGGACUUUACCAGCUGCUGGAAAUAACAUUACAGAAGGACAGAUCACAACGAAAGAAAUGUGUUUAUUGUAAAAUGUUUUGCUUAAAAUCUGAAUUAUAACCUUGUAAAAAACCCAACACACAGCAUGUAUAUAGUAAUCGUUUGAAACAUAGAAGCUAAAAAAAAUAUGUGAGAUUUCUUUUGGUUUCCUUUAAAUUUGUGGCAGUAUUUUUUCACAAUAAACAAUCUACUGUUUUCUUUUCUCCCUGCCUGCUUUCAUGUGUAUUUAUACUUAGAAAACACCUGUGGUAAUUUAAAUAGACAGAGAAGUGAAAGAACCUGUUGGUCAGGUUCACCUAGAGAACGAAAUUCUGGGAAAAAAAAAACCACACAGUGUUCUGACGACUCUCACUUCCUGUCUGUCACCUGUUUUGGUAAUGGAGCUUAAUACAAAGUUUCAUCUGACUUUCAUCAACAAAUACACUGCACGUGAGGGAAUAAUCCUAUGUGAAGGAUGCAUCCGUAUGUUGAGGAAAUAAUACCUGAGGUUUUGACUCAGACAUUGAAAUAAAUGAUUUUGCUGCAAUUCUUUAAAAGAACUAACUAGAUCUAACACAGAGAUGGUGACUGUAAACAAA